AUGGAGGAGGUGGCGGUUCGUAUUCGGAUCGAGGCGGACGUGGUGGCGGCGGGGGAUACCGAAACGAUAGCGGGUCGAAUCGAGAUGGAGACGGUGGACGCGGGGGAUACGGAGGCCGAGGAGGAUAUGGUGGCGGUCGAGGGGGCUACGAAGGACGAAGAGGAGAACCAAGUGGAGAACUACAGAGAUGUCGCCGCUUUCUUGGAUGUUCUGACUUCCGCAGUGAUUCUUCGCAAUAACGACUUCCACUACAUCAAGGGUGCCUACUUUCACAAGUCUUCUCGCGAAAACAUGGAAACUGACAUCGGACAAGGAAUCGUGGUGCGCAAAGGAUUUGAGAAGAGUGUCAAGCUUGUGUCGGCCAAAUCAGGAAACCCACAAUACUCGCUGAACUUGGCGGUGAAGACAAAGCCUUUCUACAAGCCAGGAAACUUCCACGAGUUCUUGAUGAUGCGCUCCGGAGCCAGAAACGACCACGAUCUUGCACAGAUGCUCAAGAAGGAAAGCGCCAUAAGGGAUUUAGCAAAAAAUGUGAUUGUGACGACAACACAUCUCGACGCUAAUUUCGACUUUGGGGUUCAUCACGUGCACAAGGAGUCUGCAAAAGAAUGUAUCAUCCCCGGACUCGAUCAAAGCGUUGCCAUGUACUACCAAGAACGCUACAAGUUGACUUUGAGGGCUCCAAGUUUGCCACUUGCCACUGAGAACAAGAAAGGCCAGAGCUCGUACUAUCCACUCGAGCUGCUCGAGGUGAGUCCGAUUCAAAGUGUUCCAGUGGGAAAGCUGAAGGACCAACAGGCCAAAGUCGUCGAGAUGACCCGUCUCAAGCCAGAUGAGCACCAGAGAGAUAUGGAGCAACUUAUUCCACAAAUGGGCCUCGGACAGGGCAAUCUGUAUCUUCAACAAUUUGGUGUCACCGUUGAGCAGAGGCCCGUGGAAGUGGACGCAGUUCAAGUGAUCCGCCCCGCUUUGGUGUUUGGCUCGAAGACUUUUGGACCCGAUCAGGACCAGAGCCCCAAUGAGCUGAAUUGGAAUGGCACUUUCCGCGAGCGCUUCUACAAGCCAGCAAAGAUUGGAAAGACUGCCGUGGUGAUUUAUCGCCAAGCUGUUCGCCAUCCCGACCAACUCAAUGGUCCGCUUCAAAUGCUUGCUGAUGCAGCUCGCAAUCAUGGUCUAGAUGGCACUGAAAAUCUGACGAGGGGUGAAGUUUGCCAUUGGAAUUCGAUGAGCGACGACGAAGCAGCAAGGGCGAUGGGGGAGCUGAAGGCGCGCGGAUUCAAAUUCGUGAUCUUUGUUGGGGCCGUGAAGAACACCGACACGGAGGGACACAGGAUGAUCAAAUACGCGGAACAGAAGGCUGGCGUCGUCACUCAACAUCUCGCUUGUCCCACGCUUGGAAUCAACUCACGACCGAUGGGUUCGCAAUCAGUGCAGAACAUUCUGCUGAAAAUGAAUCAAAAGCUUGGCGGCAUCAACUACUCGAUCGCGAUCACGCCCAAUAUGCUUCAAAGCGCGCAUAAUUCUGCCGAGAUGAACACCGAGUUCUUCGGAAAGUCUGUGAUGUAUGUCGGAUUGAGCGUUUCGCAUGAUGGACCGCAAUCUAUCUUCGACCAACAAGCUGGCACUGAAAUGAAGACUCCAUCAACUGUUGGAAUGUGCUACAGCACUGAGACGCCAACGGCUUUCCGAGGAAAAUAUUGGUGGCAGCCGGCACGUCAAGUGCUGAUUAGCUCGUUGAAGGAAAAUUUCAUCUCGGCUUUGGAGAACUUCAAGAAAGAGGUCGGCGAGCACCCGAAGAAGAUCAUCAUUUUCCGCGGUGGACUCAGUGAAGGCGAGAUGUACAAGAAUGCCCAGGACGAAAUCGACGGUAAAGACGGAAUCAAGGCGGCAACCAAGGCACUUGGAAUUGACCCGCAGAUCUAUGUCGUUCUCACCAUCGUCCACAGCUCAAUGCGUCUUUUGCGCACUGAUGCAGCGCCUGGUGGACGACCAGUGGACUCGAACUUGCCUGCCGGUACAACCAUUACACAAGGAAUUGUCGAUGCUCGUCCUGGAGUCGUUGAUGCUUUCAUCGUUUCGCAGAAGGGUCAAAUUGGAACUUCUCGUCCAACUCGUCUUUUCUUGGCUUAUCAGACUGAGACGGCGCCUCUUUGGACCAGUGAUCACCUUUCGUGGAUCGGAAAUGCAAUGUCCUAUGCUCAUGGUGUCUCGAUGUGCCCAACUGGAAUACCUGCCCAUCUCUAUGCGGCAAUGAACCUUUCCAAGCGUGGAGGAGAUGUACUUCGCAGCGGUGGAGUUCCGGAUAACGUGUCGAUGACUAGCAGCGGAUCGAACCGUCAGGCCGAUGAGGAACAGUCGCGAGUGUACUACGACCGCUUGUGCAAAGAACUCGUCGUCGUCUUGGACAACGCUCAAUUCUGGGCC